AUGGCGGAGCUGCAGCACCUGCACUCCGCGUGGGACGUCGACCGCCACAUCGUUCUCGAGGGCGAGAAGCUCGUGCUGAUCCGCUUCAGCCACUACGAAUCGCCGCCACCCGAGGAUGAGCUCCACAACAGCAAGAUGAAGAUUAGCAACAACAACAACAGCAGCAGUGGUGGCAGCAGCAGUGGGCUGACGGCGUACUACAUCGCCACACGGCAGAUGGACGAGGUGCUCCUCGCGCUCGCGCCAAAGGUGCGGAAGUACUGCACCGUCUACGCCGUGUCGACGACGGAGGUGCCGGAGUUCAACGGCAUGUACGAACUGGGCCACAACCGAGAGCCGUUCGCGGUGAUGUUCUUCUACCGCAACACACACAUCCGCGUUGAUGUUGGCACCGGCAACAACAACAAGAUCAACUUCUUCAUGGAGGCGGAUGACCUGCUGCCCAUCAUUGACGCCGCGUACCGUGCGGGGAGGAGCGGCAAGGCUAUCACGAGUUCCGAGAGGAAGUUCACAACGGCAGCAGUCUGGCGGUGA